UUUCUAGAUCUUUCAUGGAAUAAUCCUCGUACACCAGCUACAGAGAUGAUCCAGAUCCUCAUAUCACCAUUACAAAGUAGUUGAACUUUACUUCUCUCUUUCUUUCUUCCUUCUUCUUUCUUUGAUCUCUCUCUUUUUAUCUAUACUUUCCCUCUUGACCUUCUUUCUGGGCAAUUUCGACCUUAAGUGAAGACCAGAGCAUGCUUGAAUGUCCAAAGAAAGAGAGAGAUUUGACGAGAUAGCGAAGAAGAUAAAGAGAGAGACAGAUGUAUCAUCAAGUAUUCCUCCCCAACAAAUUAUGGGGAGAAGACACUCAUUGCAGGGUCCUCCUGGAGCUCUCAACACCAUUACUCCAUGUGCAGCCUGCAAACUCUUAAGAAGAAGAUGUGCUCAAGAAUGCCCAUUCUCCCCAUACUUCUCCCCCCAUGAGCCCCAUAAAUUUGCCUCUGUUCACAAGGUUUUCGGCGCUAGCAACGUCUCGAAGAUGCUUAUGGAAGUUUCCGAGAAUCAAAGAGCGGAUGCUGCAAACAGCUUAGUUUAUGAAGCUAAUGUGAGGUUAAGAGAUCCUGUUUAUGGCUGUAUGGGCGCCAUUUCAGCCCUACAACACCAAAUUCAAGCUUUACAAGCUGAACUCAAUGCAGUGAGAGCUGAGAUUUUAAGACACAAAUUAAGAGAAGCUAAUAAUAUGAUUCACUCUUCUCCUCAACAACAACAUUUGCCUUUUCUUUCAUCUUCUACGGAGGUCGUUUCGGUCGCUGUGCCACCACCGCCUCCGCCACCACCGCUACCUCCACCACCUCAUCAUGAUGUUUCUUCUUCCUCCUCCUUGUACAACCGGCCGGCGGUGGCAGCCACGGCUGAUUAUAGUACUAUCUCAAGUGAUGAAAAUAUUGCCUACUUUGUUAGUACUUCUAGUACUACUCAUCAAUUGAAUUCUUAGCAUUAUUAUUGUAGGGUUUAAAGAAAGGCAAUUUUACAUGCAAUAAG